AUGGCUGACAGAGAGGAGACGAGAGAGACGGAGAGAACGCGCUUGGAAGGAGAAGCGAGGGUAAAGGAGGAAUUCGAGGUUAUAAAUAAAGAUGGAUCCGGUAACAUCGUAAAAGACGGCUAUGUUGGUAAUGGUGCUGAAGAAGGGGACUUCGAGGAGCUGGCGGAUGUAGAUAGCUUCGAGGAGCUGCUCGAGGUGGUGGGGACGAACGGCCGCUGGAACCUGCUCCUCUUCGUACUGUGUUCUUAUUCCGGGUUCAUCACGGGGUUCCCGGUGUUCUCCAGCGUGUUCCUGGGGGCUACUCCCGACCACUGGUGCCACGUAGGGCCGCUGGUGCAGGCCAACUGGAGCCACCAGCAGAUCCUGGCCUUCGCCAUACCCUACAGCAACGAGACAGGGAAGCAUGAGAGCUGCCGGAUGUACGACAUGGACUACAGUACGGUGGCUGAGCUUGGGUACGAGGGCGCUGUGGGCGUCGGGCGACCAGCAGACGCCCUGACCAAGCCUUGCUCCAGCAGGGACUUUAACCUCACUCAGUACCAGUUAACAGUCACCACGCAGUGGGACUUGGUGUGUGAGCGGAGGGCCAUCUACUCUACUACUCAAGCAGCGGUACAAGGGGGAAUGCUGCUUGGCAACCUCAUUUACGGCUAUCUCCUUGACAGGUUUGGUCGGCGGCCCGUGGUGCUGUGGUCGGGAGCACUCUACGUCAUGGCGGGAUUCAUUGCCGCCGUAGCCCCCAAUGUUGAGGUCUAUAUAUUUCUCGUGGUAGUCCUCUCCUGCAUGGCCGCCGGAGCCUACCUGGGAUGCUUCGUCCUUCUGAUGGAGACGUGCGCCAUCAGGGAGCGCUCCAAGAUCGGGACACUCUUCGUGGUACCUUGGGCGCUGGGCUACAUGCUGGUACCUGGUAUUGCUUACCUGGUCAGGACUUGGAAGUGGCUCCAGGCUGCUAUCACCCUCCCUGGGCUUCUCUUUGCGUUUCAUUACUGGUUACUGCCGGAGUCUCCUCGUUGGCUCAUUCUUCAUAACCAACACCAGAGAGCGCUCGAAGUCCUUCGCGGGGCCGCUAAGAUCAACCGCAAAAAGCUGCCCCCUGACCACCACAUCCUGGCCGCCAUGCAUAACAUAAUGGCAAUGGGAGGGGUCACCAGGCUAACCAUAGCCUGUGCUUCUUGCUCCGCUCCUGUGCCAGGUAAGAUACGGGCUCACCAUAGCCCGUGCUACUUGGAACUUGUUCCGAGUAGCUGUAUCUAUAACAACAACAACAACAACGAGGGAGGGAAUGGUAAGUUGGAAGACUGGCAGGAGAAGCAGCCGACGUUGCUGGAGCGAGCGGUGAGGGUGCUGAAUAGCCUAACAUCGCUCCUGCGGCUGAAGUCCCUCCGUCAGAGAACCCUCAUAAUCUUCUUUUGUUGGUUCACCGCCGCUAUGGUUUACUACGGCAUCUCCCUUAACGCCCCCACCCACAGUACGGACACCUACAUGUACAUCUUCCUGGGGGGAGUGUUGGAGGUACCCUCCUACCUCCUGCUGUGGCCUACCAUCGUCUUCCUGGGCAGGAUCAAGCCCCUCACCUUCCUCUACUUGUUUAGCGCCAUCGUCAUUCUACUCAUGUCCAUGUUCAUUAUCUUCAUCCCUCAGACACCGCUGGGAGUGAUGCUGCUGGUGUCUUUGAGCGGCAAGAUGGCCAUCACUGCGGCGUUCCACUUGAUAUGGGUGGUGACCGCUGAGCUCUUCCCCACACAGUACCGCUCCCUCGCCGUCGGCCACGCUAGCGUCGUCGCCAGGAUCGGCAGUAUCCUCUCCCCGUAUAUCAACGACAUCCUGGGAAUGUUGGUAGUGUGGGCGCCCGCCAUGGUCUUCGGGUUGAUGUCCCUGGUCGCCGGCGGCCUCUGCCUACUGCUGCCGGAGAGUAAGGGACGCCACCUGCCGGAGGGCGACCACUUGGAGCAUUCACUACCUGGAGAUAAAGAAGAGGCUCCCACGGGAUCGUUUUCUGAAAUAAAAACAGCAUAAUUGAACAGCUAACGCUGCCUGUCUCCCCGGGAGACAGAACAAUAUCCAAAAUUCGAAUAUCAUGGUUGAUUUGUUUCUGAGAGGGACGGACAGGGGUAACUGCUUCUGAAAACUGCUUUGUUACCUGUGGUCAAAGUGCCAGGAUGCGCACCACACCUGGAGCAUGUACCUUACUCACCAACAGUACAUCUCGUCGAAGCAAAUAAUUAUGUUAUAAAGAUCGGUCGUCCU